GUUUCAUUGAAACAUCAUGAUGAACGUUCUGCUCCUGUUCUCCUGCAUCAGUACAGGAUAUGUAUAUAUGUCAGCUGUUGUAGGAGCUCCAGUUCAAGUAACAGGACACAGAGGAGAGACUGUUCACAUCACAUGUCCUUAUGAAUCUGGAUAUGAAACAAAUAAGAAGUAUUUGUGUAAAGGAGAGUGUUUCGUUGGGUUUAGAAAUAUCAUUGUUGAAUCAGGAUCUCCACCUAAAGACGACAGAUUUUCUCUGAUUGAUGACACGACUGCAAGAGUUUUCACCGUCACCAUCACUGAUCUGAGAGCAGAUGAUGAGGGAAAAUACUGGUGUGGAGUGAGCACUCCAUAUCUAUUACUUGAUGAAUAUUCAGAGAUUUUGCUGCUUGUUAAAUCUGAUACGCUUGGGAUUUUUCCUGUAGUGACUUUGGUCUGCGUCAGCGUUGGAUUAACACUCAUGCUGAUCGGUUUGCUAGUGGCACUGACAGUGUUGAGAGGGAAGAAAUCCCCAAGAAUUGCUCACUCAGGACCUUCAGAUCAAGUUUCCGCUGUGAAUUUCAUACCAGAGAGCACCCCAGAGGAUUUUAACUACUAUGACCAUGUAUAUCAAGAAAUCGCAGAGCUGCAGCCCUAUUCCACAGUACAGGGACCAGUUGAUUCAACGAUCUACUCAAGCGCAGAAACACCAGCUGACUCAACGAUCUACUCAACCGCAGAAAUACCAGUUGAUUCAACGAUCUACUCAAGCGCAGAAACACCAGCUAACUCAACGAUCUACUCAACCGCAGAAAUACCAGUUGAUUCAACAAUCUACUCAACUGCAGAAACACCAGUUGAUUCAACGAUCUACUCAACCACAGAAACACCAGUUGAUUCAACGAUCUACUCAACCGCAGAAACACCAGUUGAUUCAACGAUCUACUCAACCACAGAAACACCAGUUGAUUCAACGAUCUACUCAACCGCAGAAACACCAGUUGAUUCAACGAUCUACUCAACCACAGAAACACCAUUACAGAGGAUGAGGGCGUGUUCUUACAAGAGUUCUGAUGGAAUUGUAGUGGACGGUUCGCAGUGUGUGGACAUUACAGUGACUGGAAAUAAAGGAGCUGAUGUUCAUAUCAAGUGUCCGUAUUCACAAGGAUAUGAAGGAUGUGGCAAGUAUUUCUACAAAGGCGCUUACAAAGACCGUGUCACUAUACUGUCCAGCGGAGAGAAGAGCGUCAACGGCAGAUUCUCAAUGCAGGACGACAAGAAAACCAGAACAUUCACAGUGACCAUCAGAAACUUGACCAUGACAGAUGCUGGAUCAUACAGCUGUGAAGCUUGGUGUAAGAUUAGUCGAGACUUUAAAAACGUUCUUCUAAAGGUGAAUAAAGCUCCAGUGAUCUCCAAACCUGUUGAUCGCACAACAUCUACCCCCAGAAAACAAACCCCAUCACCAUCUCCAUCUAUAGACACCACCACUGACUGCACGUCCACAGGACAUGAUACAUCAAGUAGAGCAAAUACUGCAGGCCCGCUCUCUCAGAUGUACUCUGCCCCUUUUUUUGCUGUUGCUGUCGGUUUGGUCUUGGUUUUGCUGGUUCUGUGUUUUGGAUCGUUUCUCCUUCUAAAACUGUGGAGAAAAAAAUGUGGAACAGCUCUGUAUCAGCAAAACGAUCAGCAGAAUAGAGAGAAUGCUUGCAUGUAUAAAGAGAUUCCAAACUGUGAUUUUGAAUCAUGUGAUGUCACCACAUUACAGAGGAUGAGGGCGUGUUCUUACAAGAGUUCUGAUGGAAUUGUAGUGGACGGUUCGCUGUGUGUGGACAUUGCAGUGACUGGAAAUAAAGGAGCUGAUGUUCAUAUCAAGUGUCCGUAUUCACAAGGAUAUGAAGGAUGUGACAAGUAUUUCUACAAAGGCGCUUACAAAGACCGUGUCACUAUAUUGUCCAGCGGAGAGAAGACCAUCAACGGCAGAUUCUCAAUGCAGGACAACAAGAAAACCAGAACAUUCACAGUGACCAUCAGAAACUUGACCAUGACAGAUGCUGGAUCAUACAGCUGUGAAGCUUGGUGUAAGAUUAGUCGAGACUUUAAAAACGUUCUUCUAAAGGUGAAUAAAGCUACCGUGAUCUCUAAACCUGCUGAUCGCACAACAUCUACCCCCAGAAAACAAACCCCAUCACCAUCUCCAUCUAUAGACACCACCACUGACUGCACAUCCACAGUGUCGCACCAAACAGGAAGUGAAAGAACAAGUAGAGGAAAUCCUGCAGGCCUGCUCUCUCAGGACUCUGACUUUACUUUUAUCACUUUUAUCACUGUCGGUCUGGUCGUGGUUCUGUGUUCUGGAUCGUUCCUCCUCCUGAUAAUGAAAAGAAAGAUAUUAAAAUCGGCUUUACAUCAGCAAAGUGAUCAUCAAAUUACUGAGAAUAACCAACUCUAUGAAGAGUUACCAGAAAGCCACCCUUCAUCAAAUGAUGUCCCCACAAUGUUGUCCAAUCAAACGUCAGCAUCAGACCUCAACAACAUCCCAACAAACUUUUGUGUUUAUUCCACAGUAACCAAUCAGCAGUCUGAUUUAAGUCACACCCAAUUAGCCAAUCAGGUGACAUACACAGAAUGUGAUUAUUAUGCCAAUUUAGAGUCGCCUGAAGCGACACUGAAUAAAACAACAGAAUGUUUGUAUGCUAAAGUAAAACACCGGCAAUAAGAUUUAAAAACUGAAGGUCUGAUAUAUUUUAUAAAAUAAAUUAAAUCACUGAAGCUUUCACUGGUAUAACAGGAAAAUAAUCUGAUGACAUAUGAUGUCCUUGUUGAAUUUACAAUUUACAAGGAAACUAAACUGAUAAUGUCUAGGGAAUUGUAUUGAAUUUGUCAAAUGUUUACUUUUAGUGUGAGGAUGUCAUUUAGACUAAAAAAUAAAAAUAUAUAUACUCCAAAAUGUAAAAAAAUAUGUUUAGUAAAUAAAAAACGAAUCUACUAUUAAAACGGUUAAGAACGAAUAUAAGUCUUCAUUUUGAUUGUAAAUUAUAACCAUUCUGUAAAAUGCACACAAUACAGAAGAGAGAGAGAAAAAUG